CCAUUCAACAUCUAGAAAGAUUUGCACUCACACAUAUCUGUUCCCCACGCUGAUUCCUGAUGCUGCCAUGGCAACGUCCUCUGAGUCAGCCGAAGUCUACAGGGGUCUGUUUAUGGCGGUGGUCCUGCUGGGCAUCAGCUUGGUGAUGGUGGCCGGUCUCUUGAGCAUCGGAGCCCACUCAGCAGCCAGAGCUGCACUCUACAGGGCUGCAGGGGCACUCUACCUCACCGGCGGGCUGCUGCUGUUGAGUGUGCUGGUUCUGCAUGUGGUCUGGUUCCACGGCAUGAGCACGUUAGAGCACUACGUUCUCCAGCAGGGGGCGGCACUGUGCCCAGGGUUCCAUCUGAGCGUGCGCUACGGCCCGUCCUUCCUGAUCGCCCCCGUCGGCCUGUUUUUCUGCCUGCUCAGCGGGACGCUGCAUCUGGCCUUAGCAGCAACGGCGGAGAAACCCUUGAGUCUGCCUACUGGGAACUGUGAGAAAGCCCUGAGUCUGCCUGCUGGGAACUGUGAGAAAGCCUUGAGCCUGCCUACUGGGAACUGUGAGGACAGAGACGAGCUCAUCUGAGACCAAACGGGUGAUACAAGUUUCGAUAUUUCAGCACUGCCUUCAAAUCGCCCAUUUUUUACUGUAUGUUAUAACAAGGCCAUUGUUUGAAGAAAUCCUCUAAACUUCUUGCCAUUCUAAACAAAAACAAUAAUAUUAAGCUGAAGUCAAAACAUUUCAUUCAGCCUGCCCCGAUAAUGAUUCUUUUGUAAAAAUAAAUACAUAAAUAAUAAUUCCUAAUAAACUUUUCUUAUAAAGUCUUAUCCUGUUUGCAAUAAUCUGU